AUUUUGUUUGUUGAACUUUGAUUUGGUUAAAAUGUAGUCAUGUGAUUUAAAACGUGAUUAAUUUUUUUUGAUUCGUUUGUGGAUCCAAAAAAAAAUAUCAUCGUUAAUUACAACUGAAACCUUUCAACUGUUACUCCAUUGGAUAUAUUCAAAACUAAUCUAUUAUGGCAUCUGUUAAGGUUGAAUUGGGUGUGACUCCCGAAACCACAUAUUCUAUUGCUGGUAAGCAAAUCAAAUUUAAUUCUAGUAAGGAUAUUGAAUCUUAUAUUGAAGAAUUAAACAAGUUACCAAAGGUUACCAAGAUUGAUUUCUCCGGUAAUACCAUUGGUAUUGAAGCAUCAAAAGCUCUUAGUGAAGGGCUUUUAAUCAAACAUAAAGAUACUAUUGUGGAAAUAAACUUCUCCGAUUUAUACACUGGUAGAUUAAAUACUGAAAUACCUGAUUCAUUGGAAUAUUUAUUACCUGCUUUGUUAAAGUUACCAAAUUUGAAAUAUUUAGAUUUAAGUGAUAAUGCAUUUGGUUUACAAACCAUUGAUCCAAUUGAAGUGUUUCUUGCCAAGGCUGUUUCCAUUGAACAUUUGAUUCUUUCCAACAAUGGUAUGGGACCAUUUGCCGGUGCUAGAAUUGGAGGGUCAUUAUAUAAAUUAUCAAAAGCUAAAUUAGCAGCUAAGAAACCAUCCUUGAAAACAUUUGUCUGUGGUAGAAAUAGAUUGGAAAAUGGAUCUAUAAAUUAUUUAUCGGUGGGGUUAAGAAAUCAUAAGGAUUUAGAAAUAGUUAGAUUAUAUCAAAAUGGUAUUAGACCUGCUGGUAUUUCUAAAUUGGUUGAAAAGGCUUUAACCAAAAACACCAAAUUACAAGUAUUAGACUUACAAGAUAAUACCAUCACUUCAAAAGGGGCUUUAAAAUUAGCUGCUUCCAUCAAUGCUUGGGAACAUUUGGUUGAAUUGAAUCUUAAUGAUGCUUUAUUGAAAAAUAAGGGUUCCUUGGCUGUAGUUGAAGCCUUACUUAAAGGUACUGUUAAACCAAAGUUAACAUCUUUGAAAUUCCAAUAUAAUGAAUUAGAAUCUGAUUCAUUAGAACUUUUAGUACAAGUCAUUGAAAAGAAAUUACCAAACUUAAAAGUGUUAGAAUUAAAUGGUAAUAGAUUUGAAGAAGAUUCAGAAUAUAUUGAAAAGAUCAAUGCUAUCUUUGAAGAAAGAGGAUUUGGUGAAUUAGAUGAACUUGAUGAAUUAGAAGAACUCGACAGUGAUGAAGAAGACGAAGAUGAUGAUGACGAAGAUGAAGAAGAUACAUUAGAUGAAGAUCUUGAUUUAGAAGAAUUAGAAAUUGAAUUAUCUGGUGUCAGCGUUGAAGAUAAAGAUUCUGAAGUGGAUGAUAUUGCUAAUGAAUUGUCCCAAACCCAUCUUAAAUAGAUUUAUGUAAAUCAUAAUUUAGUUUAUAGAAUUCUAAAAAUAAUAAAAAUAGGUAUAUUUUGCAAACCAAA